CUGGACUGCAGUGGGAGUUUGACAGCGGCGGUCGGAGCUGCGCCACACAAACAAGGACGUGUGAAAGAAAGGAGGCUGUGUUUCUGUCCUCGUCCUGUUUUUUCCGGCCGCGCAAAAGCCCAGAGCCCCGCUCACCGGCGCCGCUCCUCCCGCCAUGCUCACACUGCAGAGGCUCCUGCACGACAAAGUCUGAUGCACAUGUUGGCCUCAGGCCCUGUCCACCAUCAUCAUGGUAGACAUGGAGAGCCCAUACAGCCCCCCAUCCCCUCUGGAGAACCCGGUGCUGGACAGCCCGCUCUGCAGGGACUUCAUGGGCGGUGUGGCGAACAUGCAGGACAUCUCGCAGUCCAUUGACGAAGAGGCGCUCAGCAGCCUGGAUGUGCCUGAGUACCAGUCGUCCGGCAUGUGCUCCAGCUCCGAGAGCUCCACUGUGCUAGAUGCCCUGACUCCAGCGUCAAGUCCAUCAUCAGGUGUGUGUGGGGCCGUGGCAGGUCAGGAGGAGUUCACCUCUGCCUCUCUGAAUCUGGAGUGCCGUGUGUGUGCAGAUCGCGCCUCAGGUUAUCACUACGGGGUCCACGCAUGCGAGGGCUGCAAGGGCUUCUUCAGGCGAACCAUUCGCCUCAAGCUAGAAUACGACAAGUGUGAACGCCACUGCAAAAUCCAAAAGAAGAACCGGAACAAGUGCCAAUACUGCCGCUUUCAGAAGUGCCUAUCUGUGGGCAUGUCCCACAAUGCUAUCCGCUUUGGCCGGAUGCCCCAGUCAGAGAAGCUGAAGCUGAAGGCUGAGAUACUAACAGGAGAGAAAGAGGUGGAGGAUCCUCGGCUAGCUGACCAGAAAACCCUGGCCAAGCAAAUCUACGAGGCUUAUCUGAAGAACUUCAGCAUGAACAAAUCCAAAGCACGGACCAUUCUAACGGGCAAGACAAACACACCACCUUUUGUCGUCCAUGACAUGGAGACUCUGCAGCUGGCUGAGCAGACUCUGGUGGCUAAGAUGGUUGGCACCUCAGGAGGGCUGCUCAAUAAAGAGGCGGAAGUGCGCAUCUUCCACUGCUGCCAGUGCACAUCUGUGGAGACAGUGACAGAGCUCACUGAAUUUGCCAAGUCUGUGCCAGGCUUCUGCAACUUGGACCUGAAUGACCAGGUAACGCUGCUGAAGUAUGGCGUGUAUGAGGCGCUGUUUGCCAUGCUGGCCUCCUGCAUGAAUAAAGACGGGUUGCUGGUUGCAUAUGGCAGCGGCUUCAUCACAAGAGAGUUUCUCAAGAGCCUGCGACGGCCGUUCAGUGACAUGAUGGAGCCUAAGUUCCAGUUUGCUAUGAAAUUCAACGCCCUGGAACUUGACGACAGUGACCUGGCUUUGUUUGUGGCUGCCAUCAUCUGCUGUGGAGAUCGACCAGGUCUAGUGAACAUCCCUCACAUAGAACGAAUGCAGGAGAGAAUCAUUCAUGUGCUGCAGCUACACCUUCAGAACAACCACCCAGACAAUGCCUUCCUCUUCCCCAAAUUGCUGCAGAAGCUAGCAGACCUGCGUCAGCUGGUGACAGAGCAUGCUCAGUUAGUGCAGGAGAUCAAGAAGACUGAGGACACGUCACUACAUCCUCUACUGCAGGAGAUCUAUAGAGACAUGUACUAAAGGAGACUCCUGUGGCUAACAGCUGAACCCUUGGCCCUUCCAGAGGGACGUGCUAGGGAACGGAAGAAGAGAGAAGGGCGCAAGUUUAGUCCUUCCCCAGAUGACUGAGGGCUUGUCCAGGAAUGCAGAGGUUCACUUGUUCCUCGGAAAAAUAAGGACAUGCUCUCAGGGGCAUCCUGAAUGUGUCCUUGAUGAAGACACACUGUUACCUAUCUCAAGGGCUGCCAAUAAACCACUUUGCCCAAGAGACAGUGGUGUCCAGGACAAGGCACAAAUCAGCUGACUGUACAGAAGGGAUGGUUUUGACUGGAGCUGUCAGAUCUUAGAGGGAUCUUCUUUGAAAAGAGUCAGUUUCAGGACAGUGCUUGAUCAAACUGGACUACUGUGUCCCUCUGCUUUUAGGUUUCUAAAAUGCGCACUGACCCACAUGGACUUCAUCAUGGGCCAGAGACUGUGAAAAACAGGCCUGGAAAUCAAACCUCUUGAUACAGCAAUAUGUCUUUUAAACUGAGAUGAGGGUGCAUUUGGGUAACACAGACUUUUUGUAGCCUAUGCGAUCUGUACAUAGAAACACACAAAAUGACUGACAUAAUAAUGGUUUAUGGUGCAUCAAGUAUAGGCACAUGUGCGUGCAAGAAAUCUGUAUUACUUGAAUGCAUUAAGAGCAUCUGAUAGAUUUACAGCAGAACACCCAAGUGACUUCAGAGCAGACCUCUGUUUAGCACUGCAGUGGACUCUCUUUUAAGAAAUCAACAGGGAUUAUAUGUGUUUUCUGAACAAUGCUUCCAAUGUAAUCUCACAUUUUUUAUACAGCGCCUCCCUCUUGGUUAGUACUUGGGCCUCAAGCCACACAGAGCAGCAAAAUGACUCUUUGUUAUCUGGAUAUAUAUGCCACUUUAAUCGCAGCAUUUGUUGGCAUUGGGGGUUCGAUGUAUCCAACCUCUCAUAGUAAGAGUGCUGAGUUAGGGUCUGUUGUUGCUUCUGUUUUAAGGGUGUUUUCACAUCCAGUUAGUUUGCAGGUCCAAACUAGUGCUUGUUUCUGAAAAUGAAGUAUUUUCGCUACAUGUCUGCUUUGCAUCAGUGGCCAGACGCUGAUAAUGCCGCACAGUGAAGCAAAAGUAAUUUUAUCACACUCCUUUUUUGUAAGCUAAACUUGCUGUCUUGCAAAAAAAGUCAAAAACGAUGGCUUUUCUUCUGAAAGUGCAGUUUGCUUUCUCACUUACAGCAAAACCACCUCAUCUCCCGAAAAACAGAUCCCAUUGCAAGCAAACCUUGGUGCACCAGGGUGCAGAAUGCGCAAUGCUAACGGUCCCAGUUUGAGAACUUGCAUCUAUGCAAGCACAAGAUGCUCUCCCUAAAAUCUAAUAUCUAAUAUACCUCUCUACCAAUGCCUUUAGACUAAGCACACCUCCGCUUAUUCCCAGACUGUGCUGUCUUUAUUAAAAGCUAGCAUUUUUUACCUAAACUAAGCUAAAGGUUAAUCUGAACCUUAAAGAAUGCAGGAAUUUCUCGACAUGUAUCUUUUUGCUGUUUUUCUUGCAGUAUCUGUCAUCUUCUGUUUCUUUCCUUCUUUCUUUUUCAGUAUUUGUCUGGUGGUGAUUCACAAUAUUCAAGCGUCCUCCCUCUAUUCAGCCAUUGCAUGUUUUGUGAAAGUCCCGACUGAGGGAGUUUUGAGUCACCACAUGCCAAUCCAAUUUUGCCCUCAGAAACUUGCAACUCCAGUGGGUUGAGUUGGUGAAUCCCAGGUUGCUUUGUACAUUCUGUCACCAGCCAGUCAUGCAAAAUCCAAAACAUGAAUGCUGGAGAACAGUAGUUUUCUAAUGGCAAUUGAGAGGAUUUAGCAUAACUUGUGACUGAAAUGAGGUGGGUGAAACUGUAAUAAUGGGAUUAGGUGGUCGCUUAUGUCAGGCUGUCUUGAAAACCACAGUGCCUCAUCUUGCCUGCAUUUAUAAUUACUUGUUUCAGUCAUGUAGGGAAAGGUUAAACACUUCUUGCUCACAACCACAGUGGGUUUCACUGUUACUGUCAUACAUCAGCCAAAUCAAAAAUCAAUGCAGUAAAAUAGCUAUUUUUACAUUGUCUUGUGAACAGAAAUAAGGUGGGUUUAAGAUUUAAUAAGCUUCUGCGUGUUGUGGUGUGGCGCAAAACUGUCAACAAAGUAGACUUGUCUAUAUUUUUAUGGGUGUGGGCAGUUUGCAGCAACUUUUCAAUCAACUUUUUUGCAGUUGUUUGCUAAAGCCUGGGUAAUUUAGGAAGUAUUAAUGUUAGGAUAACAGAUAAUACUGAUAAAGCAACCAAGUGAUCCCUCAAAGCUCUGGCAGAGUGACUAUAAUGAACAGUAGGUGUUAACCAUCAUUAUUUUUACCAGCCUGUAAAAAGCAGGUGUUGCUCACAAAUGUAUUGAAAGAUGAAUAGAUCAAUGCAUAAAAAUGAAAUGCCUGGAGACAGGCAGGGAUGUCCAGUUUUUUUUGUUUUGUUUAAACACCUUUUCAGCAGAUCGAAACUUAAGAAACACAUUUUUAGCUGCUGUCACUUACGAUGUCUCACAAUCAGAGCAGAGUAGACUAACCAUGGACCUCUAUCUCAAAUCAUGAUGUGUAAUAGAUUCUGAUAAUGUAAACCAUGUUAUAGAUUGUUAAGAAUCUGCUUCUAUGAUUGUGAGACUGGCUGUAGAGUCAUACCAUGUCAAAAAUGAUAAAGAAAGUUGGAGACUUUUAAGAGGAGGCCACAAUAAGACAAGUCAAAAGGCACUUUUCAGUGGAAACAGAUGGAAAGGAGCAUAUUUAGGGAAAGUCAUCAGGUGGCAUUUAAUGCUCAGCAGUUUAUUAACCAAUCAUCAGAUUUGUCCCAAACAUGGCGGUCAUGCUGCUUGGUCAGAUGGCAGAUUUCACGAACAGAUCUCAGAAAAACGUUUAGUCCAAAUCAAAAUAACUCCUCGUGGGUGACACCUAGAGAUUUGACAUGGAAUGACCCAAAAGCUUUUUGUGGUUUGUACUUUGUCUCAUAUUGUCAAUCGUUGCAUUACACAAAUAACUCAUGAAUGCAUUUAAAACUGUAAUAUGGUAAGUGAACUUGCACUGUUCAUUAACAUUUCCACA